GGGCGGAACUAUCGGCGCUGUAAUUCUUCCCUUCCGACCAAAUUUCCAAUUCCCAGCUUUGAGGUUCGAGAAACCUAGGUACCUACGAAGAAGUCCAUGAUAGACAUCUACACAACACAUUGCAACCACGAAUUAUAGCGGAAUACGCCGAACAUAUACCUAACAGCAAGGAAAUUGGGGAAAAGUGACGGAUUGAGUACGCUCUUCGAAUUCCUCGGCAACCCGACGCAAAUAUAGAGUCAAUCGCGCAGGCCCAUAGACUCAAGAGAACAUACAUACAUCAGCUCAGCAUCCGGCCCAUUGGGCACAAAAUCUCUGAACACACCUCGACCUCGAUCGUCUUACACGACGAGUCCACCAUCAAACCCGCCAAGAUGGGUAUCACAUCCAUAGUACACUUGACCUCGCACCUCCAGAACGCGGCCCGCGCACGCCUGGGCCUCACCUCAGUACCGCACUGCAAAUACAACCUAGGCCUGCUCCUCGCGCUACACCGCGCAGGCUACCUUUCCUUCGUGACGCGCGGAGACACGAUGCCUCCCAACCCGGAGACGAUCGCGACCUAUGAGCCGCCGCCGCUCACGACCGCCAACGUGGCGAAGCAGCGUCUCUGGGUCGGUCUCAAGUACGUCAACAACGAGCCCGUGCUGGGCAAUUUCACCGCCAUCUCGACGCCGAAGCGGAACAUCCACGCCAACCUGGCGGCCCUCAACCGUCUCUCGCGCGGGUUCAGCGCGAGCUAUCAGCAAGGGCUGAAUCUCGGCGAGAGCAUGUUCGUGACCACGUCGGCGGGCACCUUGGAGAUCAGGGAGGCCAUCCAGAGGAAAGUGGGUGGAACCCUUUUGUGUCGCGUUGGGCUUUGAGCGGGGUUGGAUUUCAUCUGGUUGGGGCAUAUGAAAGAAGUCUGUGCUUAGCGAGAGAUUCAAGAGACGAGGAGAUUCGAUGGGGAAUAUAGAAGUUGGGGCGUUUGGCUGUAUAUGUGAAGGAUACAACGGACUUUCUUCCUCGUCCACACAUUUCCAGGGAUCUCGCGAUAGGUCCAUUACUGGAAGGGAUGAGGGUGGCCAGACGUGGGACGAAAAUCCAAUAUACGCAGCGAGCACGAUGCAGACUCAGCCGUAUUCGUCGCAACCCGCCUAUGGCCUAUGCGUAUGAGAAACGAAUGUAUAUAGACAUGUAUGGAUAUGUGUCUUUCUGGGCUCUCUUCUUCAUUAUCUGGAGAUAGGGAGCAAUGGGCUAUAACAUUGCUGUACGAUACUACUACUAUCAAAAACUUAGACACACUGCUUCACACGAAUAUUCUUAUUCAAGUUGCAAAGGCAGCAUUGAACAUAUGGGGCGCGUCGUUCGAAUUUAUUCUCAGUCGAGAAUCUCGUCCACUCUUCUAGCGCAAAUAAACAGUCACUUUCAUAAACGCCGCCUGAGCAAUG